UUACUAUUCGGCCCAGAAUCAUGUCUACUGUUCCUAAAGCGAUACGUACAAUGCGUAUUAUUGCUUUACCUCUUUCUCGCCCAAAGAUACCACCAGAUCAGGGGUUGAAGCCACAUGCCAUUUUUAACCCCAACCGCAUGCUUAUUUUCUACCACUUUGACCUCUCUCAAGGCAGUAACGUUAAACUCCAAGACCAGUCUACUAUAAAGCGAGCAGUGAAAUGGGCGUCUACAAAAGCUGCAGACCUUUGGGCUGGUUUUGGAAAAGCACCUGAAGGCAGUUGGAAGUUGCGAACUUAUGAGCUUGGCGAACGCAUCGUCGAUCGCAUAGACUUUGAAGAGCUAGCCCUGAAAGGCGUCGACCCUUCUUUAGGACCAGCGAUUACUCAUGCACCAAAAGCAAACGAGGUAAAUUUCUCGGAAAAGCAAAGUGCAACAGAGGCCUUGCGGAUACCCCUGAUUUAUCCGCCAUCGAUUUACGCCUCGCUACCACCUGCGGAUGUGUUGCAUCCCUCGAUUGUACACCUUCGCACGCUUCUAACCAGUCGGGAGCCCCGGCAUCGUAGAGGAUUUUGGAUGUGGAUGGCAAUUGCGCCACUCACGGCGCCCUUCAUGAUCGUCCCUGUGAUACCCAACCUGCCAUUCUUCUUUUGUGUAUGGAGAUCUUGGUCACAUUACAGAGCAUAUAGAACUUCGCAGUAUCUGUCAUCCCUUUUAGAUGAGGGAUUGAUUGUGCCAGAGCCAAGUCCGGCACUCGAUGAACUGUACGCUUCUUACGUCCCGAGGAUGGAUUUGCCGACGGCUCUCCCUCCCCGGUCCGCAGCAUCAUUAGCAGCAGAUACUCCAAACACGAACAACGGACGCCCGUUCGAUGAACCGACAGCUUCUUCAUCACAGCCUGAUUCAUCUAACGUGCCCAAGAGCUCUCAAGGACUAUUACUUACUCGCAAAGCUAUUCCAGAUAUCUUGGAGCUUUUUGGACUUCCAGAAUCGUCAGCGGCAGACAUGUAUCGGGCAGUGGAACAAGUGCGUGGACGACUUGGAGGAACAUCCGGCCGAUGAUAAGCUAUGGAAUGGACAAGGUAUGAUUGGGUACAUUAAUAAAGGUGGCAUCGCUGUUAGAUCGGAUUUGCAAGGGGCAUCGGCACGGAACUGUCUUUGAAUAGACGUUUCUCGAUCGUACUUGGAUAUAUCCUCGACAUACAUUGUAACUACUUUAGAACGACUUGUAUCAAAGCCGUCAUCAACCGUCAUCGGCAUCGGGUUUGAUCUUGAAAUGCUGUUCCUGUCAUUGGAUACUUGAAACACGAACCACCAUGAACUGGACCGGGCUCGGGCGAACCAUCCAUCAUGCGGCGGCCUGUUUGUUUCUCGGAACACGGCCACUUCAGC